CUCACUGAAUGUGCUCAAGCUUCAUCGCUGAGCCUGAGUACCUGAUCAUAUACCGAUGUGGGCGCAUGAACGACUGAAGGACAUCGGUGCUGCUACCAACAAGCACAUGAUAUGACUGCAGAGCGCGAGCAAGCCGUUUCCCUGCGCGCAACCUCCAUUCCUCGAAGAUCAAGGACCGGAAUUGGGCCCCAUGACGCCCGAAGCGAUGAAUUGCACAAUCGCCAGAAGCCUCCUCUGCCACGCUCACCCUCGGGAGAGCGGUCGAUCGAAGCGAUCGACCGUGACGACCGUCUCGCGCACCGGGGUCGACCUUUCGUGAUGCCUGCGGCUGACGACGAUCCCUUCGCAAUUGAGGUAGCUAUCGAAUCGACCGCGAUGCAAGAAGAUGAUGUCUACGCAGAGGAGAGUCAUGACAAUGUCUAUGCAAAGACGAGCGACGACGACGUCUACGCAGAGAGCGGGAAAGAUGAGGUCUACGUAGAUAUGGGCAAAUAUUGGGCGGAGGAGAGAGAAACAUUCGCGCUUCACCUACGCCGCCUUCGAAAAGACCUCGAGACCGUGCUGGACGUGCGUGUCCAGUGGAGACAGGAAUGCCAGAAGUUAGAGGGUUAUAGAAAGUACCAACACAGCGCCACGGACGCUUUGAUGUCUGCGGUGCUGGGCAAAGGCAUCACUACGGACUCUCUGGAAAGUCCAAAGUCAAGGAAGAAAAAGAAGAAAAGGAGGACUACGAAGAGCUCGGUCGAUCAGACCUCCGUCAGUCACACCGACCCAACCUCGGCACCAAACACCGGCUCGUCACUCUCCUCCACAUUUGGCGUUGGCGACAGCAAUAUCCCACGAAUGGACGUCAGCACCCUCAGAGAUGGCGGCCUUGGCCCCUCUACCAACCCUGACAGCGGAUUGGGCUCCUCUGACCAGGUCUCUGCCAACAAAGAUAGCGCUCUCGGGACUUCUGAGGCGCCUGCCGCCAACAUUCCCGACUUGUACGAGCAGUACACCGUAAGCUAUCGAGCUCUUCAGCAGCAGGAGCUCGUCGUCCAUGAACACACCAGCAAAUUGAACUCGUUGGAGUUCCGCGUCAAAGAAAUGCAAACCCAGCUGCUCGCCACCAUGCGCAUGCCCGGCUUCGCCGAGCACCUCCAGGGAGACUUGCUGGACAUGGAACUCAGCAUUUCGGACCCCAGCUCCGUCGCUUCCUCCGAGAGCGACACGCCUGCCCUCGUGCUCGACUUCUUCGACAAAAGCGGUGACGUCGGCAUCUUCAAGGGACGCAUUCGCGAGCUCGACAUCGCGCACUUGGAAGGGCUGGAAGUGCGAGACUUCCUCCGCGACCAAGACAACGAAAUCGAACUCGAAGUCUCCGACGAGCAGUUUGAAGAGAACUACCGCCUGCUGCGCCGUGAUAUCGAACUCGAACUCGAGCGGGCGGAGCGCGAAGUCGAGAUCUUGGCAGCUUUGUGUAAACAGGCGGGAUUGGAUCCUAAUGCUCAUCGCCGCCAGCAGGUCGAUGUGUUCGUCAGCACGCGCCCGUCACGUGCUGAUGAGUCGGAAGAGUCGGAGCCCAUUGCGCAGGCGCGACCGGUCGGAGUGCAGAUGACGCAGCAGGGUUCCGGAGGGCUCACCGCUGCCGCACGUAUCACAGGCUGGAUGAGUCAAGUCGAUCAGGCUGGCCCGGAGGAUGUACCUGAAGCUGCGCCGUUAGAUUCUGCACUGGACGACCUUUCCAAAGCUGCACCGGACGCUGCACCGGACGCUGCACCAGAAGCCGCGGCGGAGCCUGGACCGAAAGGCGUGCCCGAUGCGACAUGGGGCCAGCUGUUCCAGAAGCUGACAGAGAACGGCUAUGCAUACAUAUUCAAGGAGAAGACGAAGCAGGACCCUGACUGACGCCCUCACCCCCCACCGAUAUGGCCUGCAAGGAGGCAAAUUCCGGCCAGCGCUAUAUCUAUCGGCCUUUUUGACGAGAUAUUCAUUAUUUCCACUCUACUAACGACGAUAACGACCGCCUGAACGAUGAACAUUAUUAUUGGAUAAUAUACUUAAUAUGAGAAAGUUUGCCUCUCCAUAUCUGACAUCUAGGA